AUGGCUCAGAGCCAGGGCCGUGCUCAGCAGUGCCUCGUUGUCACUGAGAACCUUCCUGCGGAGCAGAGAGCAGCGGCUGUGAGCAAGGCCGCCCCUUCUGCUGCACACCCGGGCAUGCCCACAUGUCCCCGUGCUGUGGGGAGCCCACCUGGAGCCAAAGCAGUUCCUGGCCUGGCCCAUCCUGUCUGGCCCAGGAGGACCCUGACCUUGUGGCCUCAGUCACUGAGAGUGAGCUACCUUGUGGAUCAGGAGCUCUGGCUGGUUAUGGAGUACAUGGAUGGAGGCACUCUGAGUGAUGUCAUCAGCCAGACCUACCUGUCUGAAGAUGAGAUGGCAGCUGUCUGUCUGCAGUGCCUACAAGGACUGGAUUUUCUUCAUGUAAAUCAUGUGAUCCAUCAAAAUGUGAAAAGCAGCAACAUCCUCCUCAGAACUGAUGGCUCUGUCAAGCUGGCUGAUUUUGAUCUAUUUGCUCAACUCACCCCUGAAGAGAGUAGACAGAGCUCAGUGGCUCUCACUUCUGGGUGGAUGGCACCUGAAGUCAUGGCAGGUCAACCAUAUGGCCCCAAAGUGGACAUAUGGUCUCUUGGAACUGUGGGCAUUGAA